GUGCAAAGCAGCCAAGUGAUAGACUCUGGAAGAGGGAAACAUUUUUUUUUCCCCAAGGAGAGACAUGAAAGGCUGGAGAUAACAAGAGAAACUUACUCUGGCCUGCACUGGACAACUGCUCCCAUGGCGUCUUCAUCCCUUCCAUCCCAUGCCAUCUUGAACCCAUGCAACCAGACCUCAGGAAACAACACCCUUCUGAGUUCUCCGACAUCCAGCGUGGCUGGGAUCGUUUUCCUGCUCUUGGCUGCCCUGAUAGGGCUGCCUGGGAACUUUUUUGUCAUCUGGAGCAUCCUUUGGAAAAUGAAGCCGAGCUACCGCUCAGUCACCUGCAUACUGGUCCUUAAUUUGGCAGUGGCCGAUGGGGUUGUGCUUCUCCUCACACCCUUCUUCAUCCUUUUCCUCAUCUUCAAGAACUGGUUAUUUGGUGUGGCUGUGUGUAAAGGUGUGUAUUACCUUUGCUGUGUCAACAUGUUUGCCAGCAUCUUCAUCAUUACCCUCAUGAGCGUGGACCGGUGCCUUGCCGUGAACCAGCCCUACUUCUCUCAAGCCAUCCGCAAGAAGCACUUGGUCAUCAAGAUCCUGACAGGGAUUUGGCUGGCGGCCAUUUUGUUGUCCAUCCCAGCCUUCCUCUUCCGCCAAGUAUUGAAGGAUCCCUUUCUGGGCCAUCAUAUCUGUGAACCCUGCCAUGCCACGCCAGGCCUGGCUAUCUUCCAUUUCAGCUUAGAAACGGUGGUGGCCUUUGUGAUCCCAUUCACUGUCAUCGUAGGAUGUUAUUCUGCCAUCUUAAUACGCCUCAGAGGAGUGAGAAGGAGACAAGGGGCUCGAACUGAGAAGCUCAUUAUUGCCAUAGUGAUCAGCUUUGCUGUCCUCUGGGUGCCAUAUCACAUCGUCAACAUGCUCCAGGUGGCAUCGAACAUGGCUUCAGGAAGGGCUGCCGAACGUCUGAGCCAAGCUUGGAAGAGUGGGCGGGCAGGAGCCACUGCCUUGGCCUUCCUAAGCAGUAGCAUCAACCCUGUGCUUUACGUCUUUGCUGCUGGGAACCUCAUUAAGACCUCAGGGGCCAAUUUUAUUGCCCAGUUCUUUGAGGGGGCAUCUGACGGCCUUGGUAAGAGAUCUCCAUCACAGAAAAACUUGGCCAAAGAUUCAGUGGCGGUGGUGCCAGGAGCUGCUGUGGUCAUGGAGCAACAGCCACUGGGAGAUUGUGACAGAGUUGACUAGGGCACAGAGGGCAGGCAGGGUAUUACCAUGAUGGGUCAACCCUUUCAUGCCAGAUAUAAUCCGUCCUAAAUUGAAUCACUGUGAGUUUCAACACAGGAUUCCUUCUGCUAGAACUCCUUCCUCAUCUUGAUAUGAAAUACUAGGCUUCUGAAGAGGCGCAGAAGCCAUAUCUACACUACAAAGAUUAACUACAUUCUUUUUAAAACAUACAGGGCUUUACAUAAAAGAUUUGUAAUGAUGAGAGUGUCUGCCUAGGUUUUGGGAGCCACAAUGCUCACUGGGUGAUAUUGAACUUGUUAAGCUCUUUCUACCCAACCUACCUCACAGGGGUGUUGUGAGGACAAAAUGGAGGAGGGAGGAACUAUGUCUGCCACCCCCAAGCUCCUGGGAUGAACAGACAAGAUUUUUAAAAAUACUGAUGGGUAAUAAGGGAAGAAUAUGAAAAGGAGCAACAUGAAUAUAUCCAUAAAGAAGAAAGGAAAGGUGGUAUAUUCCAUUCAUAAUAAAAGGAACACUUGAUAUCCCUUUGCUUAGGGUUUCAAUCAUUCUCUCUAUGUGAAUUAAGCUUUUCAUGACUUUUUCUUAAUCCCCACGGAACUCAUCAUCUUGCUCCAAGUAAAUUGGUCCCAUAAUUUCAUCCACUCUUCUUUAUUUGAUGGCCCCCAGGAAAGGGCUAAACUGUUCUUAUGGAUAAUGUGGUCAGCCUGCUAGGUUCAAUAUUAGAUCAUUUAAAAUAAGAUCCUUUUAGAUAUACACCUUAUCUAACCCCCCUCCCUGCCCUUCUGUCAUGACUCCAAUUCAAAUCAAGUGAAACACUCAAAUGCUAGUGAGACCGGGCCUUCUGCUAUAGCAGGAGACUUCCCGGCCUCUGGCUUCAGUAUCCCGCUACUGCUCAGUGUGGCCACAGUAGACAUUUCGGGAGGAGUGAAGUGUUGUCCAUAGAGUUUUUGAGACUGCUAGUGUGUCACAGCAAUACUGUGAAGUCACUUCUGGUUACACAAAUGGUCAUGCAAUGCCUGACCCUCAAAAGCUACAUGAAUUUGCCAGCUGUCAUCUGGCAAUAUUACCACACACACAGACCCUACGUUGGAUGAGUUAAAAAAAACUAGAAAAUUGGCUGGAGAGUGUUUUUUUUUCUUUAUUUGUAGUUUUAAGUGCUUAUUUGGGGCAAUGUGAACAGUUCAGCUAGUUUCCUGGUGACAUCGUUCCAUGAUUUAUGGGUUGACUGGGGAAUAUUUCUAACCUUCUUUUUGAUGAUAAGCUAGAAUGGACUAAAGGUAUGCCCUUGGGGAAAAAAUUAUCAGCAGAUCCACUCAGCUAAAAUCUGCAUGAGAUUCUUUGGUUAUCUGCAAGUAGCAUGGUCUCUAAAGGUAUCUAGUUUUUUUGAUGGGGCACUUGUAUUUGGCAUGUACAACUUUUUGCUGUGUGGCGAACAGCAGUGGUGUUUCAAAGUCCUGAAAGUCCAUUAAUUGUGAUUAUUUGUGUUGGAUUGUUUACAAUAAACCAGUUAUUUUA